GGAGUAACGUCCAUCGCGCGCCGUGUCACACGAACUGUCAUGUCAUAAACGUGUUCUCGCGCCGUACUUCCACCUUGUGUGCCUCUUAUUACGUUCUUACAUGAUCCCAUGAUCGUUCUUUUACUCCAAUCGAUUUUCGUCUUUUUUCAAUCUUCACUUACUUGCACAUUCAAGAGACUCGAAGUACGGAAUUAAGUAGUGAUUUUCGAGCUUUGACGCUUCGAACGAACGGAUGAAUACUUGGGCGAGGGAAAGUAGGGGAAACAUAGGGAUAUCCAAUUUAUAAGCGAGAGCGUUCGCAGAUCCUCGUGUAACGGUCAUCAUGGCUAACCGGGGCACGGCCCAGAGGCCAAAUGGUACACAAGGAAAAAUAUGUCAAUUCAAAUUGGUUUUACUUGGCGAAUCGGCAGUAGGAAAAUCCAGUUUAGUUCUGAGGUUUGUCAAGGGACAGUUUCACGAGUAUCAGGAGAGUACAAUAGGUGCUGCAUUUCUAACACAAACUGUUUGUUUGGACGACACGACUGUGAAAUUUGAGAUUUGGGACACGGCAGGACAAGAACGUUACCACAGUCUUGCCCCCAUGUAUUAUCGAGGAGCUCAGGCUGCUAUUGUUGUUUAUGAUAUACAGAACCAGGACACAUUUGUACGCGCGACAACGUGGGUAAAAGAACUUCAGCGACAGGCAAGUCCGAGUAUAGUGAUAGCAUUAGCGGGCAACAAGGCUGAUCUCGCGAACAAACGAGUGGUCGAUUUUGAAGAGGCCCAGAGUUAUGCGGACGCGAAUGGUCUCCUCUUCAUGGAGACAUCGGCAAAAACAGCCAUGAACGUCAACGAUAUAUUUCUAGCUAUUGCUAAAAAACUCCCAAAGAACGAACAAACAGGAAACGCGGGUACGAGUGGUCAAGGACGUCGGCUAGUCGAGACGGAAGGUCAAAAAACUACGGCAGGAAAUUGCUGCAAGUGAUUCGACCAAAUUCGUACGUGUCACACACGCGUUUUACAUUGGUAUAUCUAAAAAAAAAGCAAGAAACGAAAAAAAAAACAAAAAAAAACAAACAAAAACAUGAAACAGAGUAAACUAAAAAAAACACAAUAUUCUUUGAACGAAUUGAAAAUAUCCGGGGGUGCCGGGGGUGAAUUAAUUUUGCGAUUCGGGUUUUUAAAGAAAUCGAUAAUGAAGAGAAAAAGGAGGAGAGUUGGAGAAGCAGAGAAGCAUUAAAAAAAAAGAAAAGAAACACUAAAAUCAUCAGAACAUCGACUCGCUCGAUCGCUCACAAUUUUUCAUAUACCUUCUUCUCCAGAUGCGUAUGUGCGAAUGUUUUUCCGAGGUGAGGAGAGACGAGUUCGUAACGUGUCGUUAAACUCGUACGGGAUAUGCAUCGGGUAAACAAAUAAAAAAUUAAUAAUAAUAACAGUUAUUAAAAAAUGGAAAAAGAACCGAUACCGUAGUCUGAGGGAGGGGCGGGUGGGGGGGGGGGGGCGCGAGGACAAGAUGUAAGUGAAAAGUGAAUGAACGCGAUAAGAAUGAAGAGAGAAUAUUGAGAGAAUUAGGAGGGGGGGGGGGGGGGGAAGGAGGAAGAGGGAGGAGAUCGAACGAGGAAUGGUAGAGAAUAAAAAACAAAAUUAAAAACAUAAAAAUAGGGUGUCGGCAGAGAAGCAGCGGCAAUAGAACGACGGGGAUGAAAUAAUAACGACGAAGACGACUACGACAACGACGACGACCACGACGGUUGUGAUCUGGCUGAUAAUUGGUCAUUCUAGAGGUAUCUGGAUUAAGUAAAACGAAAAAAAGAGAGAAAAAAAACAACAACAACAACAACCAAGCAACCACGAAAAUAACAAGAACAAAAUGAAAAGCGAAAAACAAAGUAAUCAGUAUGUCACAACGCAUCCGACGAUAUCAUCUAUUUUGAGUAUCGAGUCUGUUGGAGAAUGGCGGUGAGUCCCGUUUGUUAUUCUAGUAGUAAUGGGCGGUGUUCGUUAUAAAUAUAUAAAUAUAUAUAAAUACAUUAUAUACGAUAAAUCAUAUAUCCCAAUAUGAUUUAUUUCGAGGAGAUAAUAAUAAUAAGAAUUAUUAUUAUUAUUACUAUUGUCGUCAUUAUUAUUAUUAUUAUUGAUUAUAAUAAUAAUUAAUUACGGUGAUAUUGAUGAGGAUGAUACUACAUUUACGUGUACGGUAUAAUAGCAAGAAAAAAAAUAAACAGAAUAAGAUGAUUAAAGAAGAUAAAAGGAUAAAAACAAUGGAGAAAGCGAUGGAAAACGUUUUUGGCACGCAAAAAUCUUGUAAGAUAGUAGGGGCCAUUCCUGCUGCUAUAAUUAUUAUAUAUUUUCUUCGUCAGAUUGUAUCGUGUAAUAACAAUUAUAACUCUAAAGCAUAUUGUAUAUUAAUUUUAUUGAUUACUCAUGAUAAAUUAUAAACUAUUAUAAACGUAAAGAAUUGAGAGAAUGAGAAAAAAAGAAAGACGAAGAAUUGAAAAGAUAUUGAUUUUGUUUUCUUCAACAUCGAUGUACUGAAAUAGUUCGACACGACGACGACGCCACCGUGCUGUUUUUUUUCCCGAACUCUAAUUAUAUCGAUAGGCCUUUUUGAGAUAACUUCAUCGAACACGAUUUGUCCGAUCGUGUAUAACAGUUGAAUAAUAAUAUUUUUUAUCGUCGAAA